AUGUCUUCGCGUACCAGUGAUUCUUCGGUAGCAUCAACAUUCACAAUGAAAAAGUCAUCAUUACAACCUGAUGAUUUAAGAGAUCGUACGGAAGAAUUAAAGCAAUCUUUAGCAAUAUGGCGAAAUAUCUUACUACCUUUAAACAAAUUACUUGAAUGGGAAAAUAAAUAUGAUCCAUUCAUUAUUUUUGGUAUUAUUACUUUUAUUUUCAUUUUUAUACUUCAAGCAAAUCCACCUGUAUUAACGCUUGUUAGUUGUGUUAUUCUGGCCUUUGUUCUUAUUGAUUUGCUUGUACCAAUCGGAAUUCGAAUGCUUUUUAAAAAUGAACAUUGGACAUCAGUUAAAGAUGCUAAAUAUACUCGAUUAUGCGAACGAAUCGCUAAUUUCGAACAACAUAUUAAACAAUUAUGUGAAUCAGCUUUAAAAAUGCGUAAAGAACGACCACUUAUGUAUUUAAUGUUGGGUGCAAUUUUGCUUUCGUUUAUUGCAUUUUGCGGUCAACGUGUUGAUAAUCUUCUUCUUAGUUACUUAACAACUCUUUUAAUCUGUCUCAUACCCGGUAUUCGUAAUCGUCAAUUGAUUCCAUUCAUUCGUCAGCAGAUUGUCGAUUUUUGGAAUAAUAAGAAGUCAACAGCAUCGUCAAUACAAAACGUAUCUAUUUUAAAUGUAACUCCAACCAUUUCAUCAGUUAAAGCAUCAACAGUUGUUCGUUCAUCGUCAAAUCAACCAACAUAUACACUUUAUUCAACGACAUCGCAUGGAAAUAACAAAACAAAAGCUCAAUAA